CCCCGCCGCCGCCGAGCUCAGAGCUCCCGUCCCGCCGCCAUGGCCGCCCCGGGGCCGGUGCGGCUCUUCCGGGCCGCCGCCGCUUCCUCCCGCCGCUGGCUUUUCUCCUCCACCUCGCCGGCAGCCGGGCCGAGGCCGGGCUGCAGCGGCGCUGCCGCAGCCGGGAGGGCAGCUCGGCCGUUCAGCCUGUCUGCUCGGGCGGUGCUCAGCUCAGAAGAUAAAAUAACUGUUCACUUCAUAAACCGUGAUGGUGACAAACUGACAGCCAAGGGGAAACCUGGGGAUUCACUGCUGGAUGUUGUUGUUGACAAUAAUCUAGACAUAGAUGGUUUUGGUGCUUGUGAAGGAACGCUAGCCUGUUCAACUUGUCAUUUAAUAUUUGAAGACCACAUAUUUGAGAAACUAGAUGCAAUUACUGAUGAAGAGAUGGACAUGCUGGACCUGGCUUAUGGCCUCACAGAAACAUCACGUUUAGGCUGCCAAAUCUGCUUGAAGAAAUCAAUGAAUGAUAUGACUGUUCGAGUACCAGAAGCUGUGGCUGAUGCUAGACAAUCAGUAGAUAUGAGUAAAAACUCCUAAAAGAAAAUAUCCUAGGGGUUUUAAAGAAGCUUAAUUAUUUUUAUAACUUAUUUUUAAAUGUGUAAUUAAAUAUGGAAACUUACAUAAUUGUGAGUUAUUUUAUAUGACUAUCAAUAUUAGAUUAAUGCUAUUUUAAUUUUCUUUAUAGAACCUCUUAUAUUUUUACGCUUAAAAUGCAAUAAUACUUCUUAUAAGUAAUCAUUGGAUUAUAAACAUUAGCAAGUGUAUUACAGAUUUCAUACAACAUUAUUCUGCCAAAACAUUUAAUGACAUUUAAAAACUGAAUCACUUGUACAGGACUCUCCUAAAACAAACUCUGAGCAUUUUUAGGAGUCAGACCUGAAUGUGUAAGAGAAAAGAACUUGUAGGACUGCAUGGGGUCUUUUUGAAGUGUUGCCAUUAAAGAUGUUGUGCUCAGAACUAGUUAAAAUUCUCAGUAGAUAUGAUACUUCCUCAGCAAAUAGUAAAUUAUCAGGAUAGGAAUUUUCCAGACUUUGGAGUCUUAAUGAGAUAUGGCAAAUGUUGUCUUGUGAAAAUACUGCUAAACCCAUGAGUUCUAGGAGCUGUGUUACAGUUUAACCCAGUAGGCAGCUAAAUGCCACACAGCCAUUCACUUCCACCCCACCACUGCCCAACCAUCCCCCCCUUCCAAAUGGGAUGGAGGGGAUAGACUUGGAUGGAAACAGUAACAUUGAUAUGUUGAGAUAAAGACAGUUUAAUAGGACAGAAACAGAAAGGAAAACAACAGUGAUGAUGACAAAUAAAAUACAUAAAACUAGUGAGGCACAACACGAUUGCCCACCACCUGAUGACUGAUGCCCAGCCAGUUUCUGGGCAGUGACCCCCAGCCAGCUUUUGCCCCAUUUGAUAUUUUGAGCAUGACACCAUAGAGUGUGGGACCUCCCACUGGUCACUUGGGGUCAGCAGUCCAGGCUUUGUGCACCCCCACGAGGUGAGGUGAGAAUCUCAAAAGGCUUUGACUGAGUUGUUGCUAAGCUGUGUUUACAUUAAAACACCAGUGGGUUAUCAACAUUAUUCUGAUUCUACAUCCAAAGCAGCACUGUACCAGCUACUGGGAUGAAAAUGAGCUCUCUCCCAGGUGAAACCAGGACAGGCUGAUGCAGGAUGUUGGCACCUGCAGCUUAACCCUGGCCCAAAUAAGAUGUCAGUAAACCUCAGUAAUAUUUACAAUUUGACUACACCACAAAUACUGUGGUAGACCAGGCUAAGAAUGAAUCCUUGGAGCUGUGUAAUGGGAGAACAUGCCCAGUGGAAUUAAAAUUUACCCAUCACAAACUCUUAUUGUUCUCUGAAUAUAGCUGAGUUGGGAUUGAACAGGGCAAUGUUUGUCAAUAUCAGAUUUGUUCUGAAAUCUUUAUUCCUUUUUAGUUUUGAGCUUGUGCAGGAGGCAGUCUGACAUUAGCUAGGGUGUUCAGUUUGAAGAAAUUGCUUGAUUCUGGGCCUUGCUCACAGGAUCGUUUCAGUUAUGGCUGAUGUGAAAUGACCAAGUUGAUUUGUUUCAUAAAAAUGGCCUAGAUUCCCCAGAACCUAGGUUAUUUAGGAGGUGUUCCCUAGGUUAUUUAGGAGGUGUUCCCUAGGUUAUUUCCCUAGGUUUAUUUGUUUCAUAAAAAUGGCCUAGGUUCCUCAGAACCUAGGGGAACCACCAGAAGGUGUAGGGAAACCCUCAUGUUGAGAUUUGUCUGCAUUGAUGAUGAAGAACUUCCAGUUGAAUAUUGGUUUAGUCUUUCUAAAGUAGCCCAAAUAAAAUUAAUGUUUCUAAGACUGCUAUUAUUGCCAACUUUGCAUAAAUACUGAUGUGAACUGGUUAUCGCCAGUUACUAACUUCUAAUUUUUUGGGCAUUUAUAUAUAUAUAUAUAUAAACAACCAUGUUUGUUUACAUUUGGAUGAUAUAGUACAUUCAUGAAUGGUUUGAACUGGUAACAAUGCCAUCUGGACAUCUUUUCUUGUAUUAUUGUAUGUAUGGAGGAGAGAAAAAAUAUUUUUCCAGUGUCAAAUAUUGGGAUUAUUUUGAGAUUUGUAAAGAGGAAAAAAAGUUCCUCUUCAUUAUAAGAAUGAAUAUUUUCUAGAACUGUAUUGAAAAUAGUUGUGAGUUAGAUUCUUUUCUUUCCUCUCUUAGUUGCCUUGUUUCCUUCUGUUACCUUUCAACUUUGUUCUAAUGCAAGGUAUACUAAUUGUGGUCUGCUCGAAACUUGAUCAUGUAGGGGUUUCAGAAUACAAUUCUGAUGUAAUCUGAUUCAAAUGGAGAGUUCAGAAUUAAAAUUUCCAGGCUUUUAUGAAGGACAGAGAGAGGAAGGUUAGGGAGAAGGGUGGGCAUAGGUUGAAGAAAUGUUCCAAAGAUGCUGCUGUCUUCUUUUUCUGCUGCUGUGACACUAACCAUGACUGAGAGGUUGCCCUCACACAGUCAGACCUUAAGGUAAAUCUCACCUUGUAUUGCCUUUGUCCUGAGCCCAUUAAUAUACAGUUAUUACUAUUAAAUCUUGAGGUUUUGGGGUUUUUUACAUGAGACAGCUCAUCAGCUUCCAAGAGGGGGAACUGGAUCAUGACCAGAUGUGUUGUGCAUUUGUAUAUCAGAAAGAAAUAUGAGGUUUCAGUAUACCUGUAAAGUUUAGGGGUAGAUGUUGAUAUUUAUUGAGUUUUGGGCUUGUCUUGUGUUUUUGGUUGGGUUUUAAGUUUUUGAUUUUUUUUUUCCAUUGGAUUAUUUGGGUGUUUUUUUCAUACAGCACCAGGUACUUCUUGUGGGUAUCUUGAAGUGCUUAACACUGUGUUAAACAAAUGUGGAACAGCUCCCAAGUGAGUUUUCUUUCUAAGCCAAGGUGGUUUCAUUGUGUGUUUCCUGUGACAGUUUCUCAUUACAAACACUUUGACUCUCCUACAGUGUGCCUGUGGAAUAAACUCAUCACAGCAAGGCAAAAAAAGGACACUUCGAAGUUCAUUUUGAAUUCUAGAGGUAUCCCAUACUGCAUGCAAAUGGAAAUCUCAGAACACAAAGGAACUGAUUGUAGUCCCCAAAAUGCACAGCUCAGAGAUACUAGUUUAUUGUCAAAAUUACUUGCAAAUAAAUCUUAUUUUUAACCUCUUUCUGA